GGGGGGGGUGCUUUACUUUUCCAGUCCGGUGGAAGUGGGUUCCCUCCAGCCGCGCUCCGCUUCCGAGGUCAGCCAGUGCCGGGGAGCUGCUGCUCGGGCUUGUUCGAACGUGGAAGGAGGUCAAGUCGCGAGACCGGACUUUGUUACAAGCGAGGGGGAAUUUUGCAUGGCUGACCGGGGCGCCACGCCACUCAUUUUUACGCUACCCCGUGGCUUUAGACUGCAAAGGAGGACGUUAAAAAAAAUAAUUUUCAUUCAAAAAAUAAGUGCUCCCCGGAAUAGUAAGGCCAAAUGUUGGACAUGAGCCUCUGCCUCCAACUGUUGGAAGAAAUUUACUGGGGAGAAAAGUAUUCUACCUUCCUGGAUUCUUUACAUAUGCCAGGCACAUUGUGGAAGUGGAUGGGAAAAUGGGCCUUUUCCGUGGUCUUUCUCCUCGCAUCCUCUCUAGCGUUUUAUCUACCAUAAACCGAGAACAAGUGAAGAAGGCCUUCCCUCUAGAAGAUAUGGAGCAUGUUUCCAAUAAGGAUGAUGUGAAGACAUCUCUCAGGAAAGUGGCAAAAGAGACUUGCCAUGAGAUGAUGAUACAGUGUGUAUCCCGAAUUAUUUCUCAUCCACUUCAUGUAAUAUCUAUGCGCUGUAUGGUCCAGUUCGUAGGACGAGAACUUAAGUACAGCAAUAUGUUUAGCUCCGUCAGGACAAUUUGGAAAGAAGAAGGACUCUUGGGAUUCUUCGUAGGUUUAGUUCCUCAUAUCCUAGGUGAUCUUAUUUUUCUGUGGUGUUGCAACCUUCUGGCUCAUUUUAUCAACACUUAUGCUGUGGAUGACAAUUUCAACCAAGCUUCUGUCAUCCGGAGCUACACUAAGUUUGUGAUGGGGAUUGCUGUGAGCAUGUUGACAUACCCUUUUCUUCUCGUGGGUGAUCUCAUGGCAGUGAACAACUGUGGGUUACUUGCUGGCCUCCCUCCAUAUGCCCCUGUGUUUUCCUCUUGGAUUCAUUGUUGGAGACACCUGAGUGCUCAGGGGCAACUCUUCAGAGGUUCCAGCCUACUUUUUCGUAGAGCGUCCACACCAGCAACUUUUCUCAUUGACUAAUUUCAUUUGGGAGAAAGAAGCAAACCAUAGAUUUUUGUAGAAGAGACCCUAAAAUAUCUUGUUUUUACCAUUCUUUUUCAUUUUUAAAAUGAAAGGUUUUCAGGAGUAAGAACAGCUCAUCUCAGCAAACCUGAUAACAGAAGGGUCAGAUAUUUCUGGCCAGAUCUUUUCUGUCAAACAAAGGGGACAGUGCUGGUCAGGCCUUAGAUCAAAAGGGGCAACCCAACUGAUGAUAGCUUUGCAGGCUUGGCAUGCUCUUGUCUUUGCAGGAUACAAGCUCAAUAAGAAGGUGGUUUAUACCUUUCCCUAAAUAAGACCUAAGUUGGAGUGCAGAUUCCCUCCUUUAGUACCAUUAGAGAAAAUAGCUUAAGCUCUAUCUCUUUGUCACCUUUGGUUUUUGGCAUAUUGUUAGCCUAUAUAUUAAAUCCAACUGAUGUUGGAAUACCUUUCAUUCCUAACAUUUAGCAAGACCACAGAAACUUAAAGAACUCUAUUACCGAGUUUCUAAUCAUGACAUCUAUAAACCUGAUGGUUCAUUUAUCAUAAUAUCUCUAAGCAGCUGAUUUUGCAUCAUCUGUUUUUUAAGUUAAAUAUUUGACAAAUGCACUAAACUAUUUCAUCUGGGUUUUAAAUCCUUAAGUAGGACCUUAAACUCUAGAGUAGAAUGGGUUAUUUACAUUGACAUAUCUAGAAGCUUUUUAUUUAGUAUUGUUUACAAAUUUAAGCUUGAUAUGUUGUGUUUUAUGAAGAAUUCUGUGAUACUGAAGACUGGGCUACAGAGCCCCUACUACAAGAAAUGUCACAUAUGUAUGGUGAUUGAGGUUCUCAUGUCAUACUCAGAGACCUUCCAAAUGUCAGGAGGAUCUGGUAGUAAGAUUUCAGUACAACUACAAAGAUAAUACAUCUGACAAUGAGAACUAUCAUCCUUAUAAACCUGCGUGUUGGGGUGAUUUCUGACCAAAGUAGUAUAUUAGAAGUUUUCUCUGGAACUAAGAAAAGUACUUUGCUGAAUGCGUGAACAGUAUUUCCCCUGGUCAGUAAUGUUAUAUAAAUUUGUGAUAAUGUUGCACUACAUUUGCCACCAUUAAGUACUGAUUUUUUUUGCUAAAAGCUUGAUUGUAUAGGGAGGUCUACUGAAGAUGUCACCUAUCCUAGCUAAGCAGCAUUUGUAAUGUGAAUACUUAACUCAUUAGAUCAUGGUUAGCUUUUCUAAUAUCUGCUUUAGGCUGUAAGUUAUAUCCGCUUACCUGAUUCAAGAUUUACUGAAUUUAGUUGGAAUGACUUCUGAACAAACCUGUACAGGAUUGCGCUGUUAAGACGGUUUUACUACUCAGCUUUUUCUAACAUUUAAACAACUUAGCCUUAAGGAUCAGUUCCUACAAUGAAAUUACUCAUUAUCAUAUUACACUUCACCACAAGCAGAGCUGCCAAUUAAUGUGACUCCCACUUUUAGCAACUUUGCAGAUGGCAUAAUGAAUUUAUAUUCCUGGUGAAGUAGUAUCUCUUUUACCAAUUAAAUAUUCUUGUCUGCUGAAAUAUUGUCAUAUUCAAAUUACUUAUUCAUGUGAAUAGUCCUAAAUAGAGCCAAAGGAAGACCGAAUACUGUAAAGGAAAGUGAGAAUUCAUAUCACUUCAGCACUAAAUUUUAUACAGCUAAAUCAUGCAUGUCAGAAGGAUAAGAAAAAGUUAUUUUCAAAUUGCAGUCCUGCGCCAGAUAUCAAUAAGGGAGUAUGUGAAAUUUGCUGCUUUGUCUUUUUGGUGCUACUGUUAAAUUACAUGAAACUUGAUGUUUGUCAUCAGGAAGCUUGGGUAAAGAGAGUGAAAAUGUAACAUUGGGAUUCUGAAGUACACUAAUUCAUUGUGCAAUAUUAAUAUUGAAAGACAUUGCUUAGCAGGCUGUGUUCCAGCUUUAUCUAUACACACAAGAAAAUAUUGUUUCCAUCUAGCAUUGCUGUAAAUAGAUCCAGUGACUCCAUCCCACUCACUCUGGUGAUAGGUUUUAUGUUUUCUGCAUGUGUGUAUGUAUUACUCAGUAAUUCCCAAAUGCAUCUGUGUUGGCUUCGGCAAAGCUUUGAAGUGCUUUCUGGGUCAAGAGCCAAGUGCAUUAAUUUUGUAACUUUCAUACAGUGAAGUGUGGUGUGUCUAUGUUGCCAUUUUCUUUCUUGGUAUUCUCUUUUAACCCAGAAAGGAACCUGUUCUCAAUCUCUUGCUUCAGAAAAGUUGUAGGAAAUGUUUAAAGGGAUUAAAUUUGUCUUCCAAAUGUAGUGCCCCAGAACUUUCAUUUUAUUGUCACAGUCUUUUGAACAGAUAAAUUUGUCUGAUUUGGAGAUUACAUCUGAAGAACAUAUUGUGUAAGCAUUCGGCACAAUUUAUUGGGAGACGGUUCUUGUGGAACCUAGAAAAGUAGGUGCUUCCAUAGUCCCUGGGCUUUGCCAAAACUUUAAUGUGGUUUAUGUCAAAGUAAAUGCACAAUUACAGUAAGUUAAUUCAAAGUGUACUUGACAUCUGUUUGAGAAAUAAAUGUAACAAUGACCUCAAC